CUCUGACAUUACAGGCUGCUCCUUGCUGAUUCUGGCAGUGCUCCUUCCAGCAAUUUGUAAGGUGUGCUGGUUAAUGACAUAAGGUCUCUGAGAGUACCUGGACACCAUUUGGAGACAUCUGAUUGCUAGACAUUAAGUAUUUCUGUUGUCCACAGAAUACAAGAAAUUAUUUGGUGAUUUCCUUUUCUCUACGCCAAUGAAGACAAUAAAAGUAGUAGUUAUUGGAGGAGGACUGGUUGGCUUGUCAACAGCCAUUUGCAUUUCUGAAUCGCUUCCCCAAUGUGAAGUAACUGUGGUUUCAGAAAGCUUCUCCCCCAACACCACAGGUGAUGUGGCAGCUGGAUGCCUGAUUCCUCAUACCUAUCCAGAUACUCCGUUUGAACAACAGAAAAAAUGGUUCCAAGAGACUUUUGACCAUCUGUUUAAAAUAGCUAAUUCAGCGGAGGGUGCGGAUGCUGGCAUCAGCUUGCUUACAGGGUGGCAGGUAUAUAAGAAUCCCCCUGAAGAAGCUUUUCCUUUUUGGUGGGAUGUUGUCCUAGGAUUUCGGUUGAUGACACCGACUGAAAUUGCAAAAUUUCCUUGUCAUAAAUUUGGUCAGACAUUUACAACACUCAAGUGUCAGUCUUCACUUUACCUUCCAUGGAUGGAGCAAAGGUUUAAAACUAAUGGUGGAACUGUCCAAACUGGAAAAGUUGAAAGUAUUUGGCAGCUAUAUGGAAAAUAUAAUAUUGUUGUGAACUGCUCGGGUAUCGGAUCAAGAGAAUUAAUUGGUGACUUAUCACUGUAUCCUGUGAAAGGUCAAGUACUGGAGGUCCAUGCCCCAUGGAUUAAACACUUCAUUAGAGAGGGUAAUGGGAACACGUACAUCUACCCUGGAAUAACUGGCACAACUCUUGGUGGCACAAGACAAAAAGAUGACUGGACUCUCUCGGCUGAUGCUAAAAUCAGCAAGGAGAUCUUGGAUAGGUGUUGUGAUCUUGAACCUUCUCUACGGGGUGUCAGUAUUAUACGAGAGAAGGUUGGUUUGAGACCUACAAGAUCAGCAAUAAGACUUGAAAAGGAGAUAUUUUCCAAGAAUGGUCAGCAACUUCCUGUGGUACAUAAUUAUGGACAUGGUGGAAGUGGAUUCUCUGUGCAUAUAGGUACAGCCAAGCAAGCCACCAGAAUGGUUGAGGAAUUGAUUCCAUUGGUAGGACAAUUUAAUGUCAUGUCAAAAUUGUAAAUUUUUGAUCCUUGGGUAUAAAUGCACGCAAAUUUUCAGUGAUGUAAAGACAUAAGACAGCUUAGCUGGUUUAAGGCACUAAAAGUGCUACUACACUUAAA